UAAAGUAUAAAUUAUUGUAUCUCAUAUAAUAAGAUUAUAGCUUCUGACAGUGUUCCUCGACGAUUAACAGGAUCUCCUAUGUGGAAUUAUACUUGGACCGAUCGAUUAAAGCAAGAUCUAUUCGUGAAGUACGAUAAGUUUGCUCGACCAACGCAACAUUUUAAUACUACGGUGGUCAACUUUGACAUUGCUUUACUUUAUAUUAAUAUAAAUGAUUUCAAAUCAACUAUCACUGUCAAUGGAUGGGCUUCUCAUGUAUGGACAGAUGAGAAACUUAAAUGGGAUCCCACAAAAUAUGGCAAUAUCCAAAAUAUCCAUGUGGGAAGUCAUGAAGUAUGGCAACCGGAUAUUUUGUUAUAUCACAGUGGAACUGCAGGUACAGUCGAGCAUUAUGGUGAUACGCACUGCAUCAUCUACCAUGAUGGUCAAGUGUUAUGGGUGCCACCGGCGCAAUUUAUUGGACUUUGCGAAUUAGAUUUUCGUCUGUGGCCUUUUGACACUCAAGUUUGCAACAUGACGUUUGGUUCCUGGACGUUUCAUGGCGAGCAAAUCGAUAUGCGAUUGAGAGAAAAUGAAGAUAUGGAACCUUUGUACGUGAAAAAUGCGAAGUGGAAAUUAUUGGAUGUGAGCAAAUCGCGUGCAUCGGUCAUGUAUUCCUGUUGUCCAGAACCAUACACUAAUCUGAAUUUUAAGAUGACUUUAAAAAGAAAUUCAGCGCUUUAUUGCAGUACAUUGCUCAUGCCUGCUGCCGCUAUAGUUUUCCUGGUUCUGGCCACGUUUUGGUUACCACCUCAAAGUGAAAUAAAAGUCAGUGUUGCAGCAUGUACUAUAUUAAUCAUCGCCGUGUUUUUAGUCUUCAUGAGCCUUAUAGUACCAUUAACUGCAAACCCUCCGCUUAUAGCUUAUUUUUUUAGUGGUUGCCUUUGUUUAGAAACAAUUACGUUGAUAUUAUCAGUAUUGGUAAUCAACAUGUCGAAAAGGAUUUAUUGCAAACCACUUCCCCGAAAUAUUAAACUAUGUUUAUUAGGUUGGCCUGGAAAGCUGUUAGGACUUUCCGAUCUUAUAAAUAUGAUCGAAUCACGACGGCCUACGCCAAAUCAAGAGAUGCGUGGCAAACUUACGGAGGAAUCCACUACUAAUUCGACGUCUAACAUUUCGGACGAUGGAGAUCGACAAAAUAUUAUUUCGCCAACGAAAAGUAUUACGCAAUUAGAAUGGAUUUUAGCAGGCACAGCUGUUGAUCGUAUAGCUUUUGUGUUGUUCUGUUUGAUUUUAACAACAAUGGCAAUAGUAUGUAUAGGUUAAUUCGUUAAAUAAAAUUUUUUCUAAACUGUU